AUGGAGAAUGGGCGUGAAGAUGGUGGAGCGCGAAUCGACGGAAGUAAAACUCCGGCACACCCCUACCUGACGCGCCAAAUGUCGAAUCUCGGAUUCCGGCAAAAACCCUUAAGGCGGCCAGACGACAGUCGCAGCGCGCAAGAAGCGGCAAACGCUUCGUCAGGAGCUGGGAUCCAUGAUGACUGCAAGCUGAGGUUCGUGGAGCUCAAGUCCAAGAGGAUGCACCGCUUCAUAACCUACAGGCUGGAGAACCAGAAGGAGGUCAUUGUGGACCAAACUGGGGAGCGCGAGGCCACCUAUGAGGACUUCACCAAGACCCUGCCUGAGAACGACUGCCGAUUCGCAGUGUUUGACUUCGACUUCACCACCCCGGAGGAUGUGCCAAAGAGCAGGAUCUUCUAUAUCUUCUGGUCUCCUGACACCGCAAAGGUGAGGAGCAAGAUGACGUACGCGAGCACCAACGAGAAGUUCAAGAGGACCCUGGACGGCAUCCAGAUUGAGAUGCAGGCCACUGACCCGAGCGAAAUCAGCCUGGACGUGAUCAAGGAGCGCGCGCACUAA